GCACCCUUUAAGCCCUGAAGCGGAGCAGCAGGCAUGUGCUAGUUCGCAAACAGGCGCUCCCGGACCCAGCAGCAUUGAAUUGAUGCACAAGGGAGUCGACCUACACGCCUGAAGAUGCUUGAUUGGCAGAGAGGGCUUGGCAAGGCGGGCGCCGCCGAUGGCAGCGCCAAUACCAGCAAGCUGCUGGUGCACACCACCUCGAGAUCGUCGUCAGGGAUGGGCCUCAGCAUAGGGAUCAGCGGCCAAUUCGAUACAGACAGCGUCUGUUCUGGAGGCAGCCCGCACAGAGGGGCGGGGCGCGGCCACCGCAACGAGCCCUUCUUCAUCGGCGUCGCAGGCGGCACGGCAAGCGGUGAGACGACCUGCAGACCAGUGCGUGGUGAUGCUCAGCCAGGACUCCUUCUACCGCAACCUGAGCCAGGAGGAGCUCAAGGAUGUGAAGAACUACAACUUCGACCACCCCUCCGCCUUUGACAAGGAGGCCAUUAUGAAGUGCCUGACAGAGCUCAGGGAGAUGCGCGUGGUGGAGGUGCCAGUUUAUGACUUCACAACACACCAGCGCAGCACCGAGACGCGGCGGGUACCCCCCGCCGACGUGGUGAUCAUCGAGGGCAUCCUGGUGCUGCACAUGGAGGAGAUCCGCGCCAUGCUCAACAUGAAGGUGUAUGUGGACACAGACGACGACGUGCGCCUGGCGCGCAGAAUCCAGCGCGACGUAGCGGUGCGGGGCCGCGACGUGGCAGGCGUGAUUGAGCAGUACACAAAAUUUGUGAAGCCAGCGUUUGACCAGUUUGUGGCGCCAUCCCGCAAGUUUGCUGACAUCAUCAUUCCCUGGCACCGCUGCAAUGAGGCGGGCGACAAUGUGGUGGCCAUCGACCUGAUCACCGAGCACAUCCGCAUGAAGCUGCAGCAGCACGAUCUGCGCCGCAUCUACCCAAACCUGGAGGUCAUCCCCUCCAACUUCCAGAUCCGCGGCAUGCACACCAUCGUGCGAGAUCGGGAGACGUCCACGGCGGACUACGUCUUCUAUUCCGACCGCCUGCUGCGCCUGGUGGUGGAGGCCAGCCUGGGGCACCUGCCCUUCAGGGAGAAGACCGUGGUGACGCCCACGGGGCACCAGUAUGUUGGGGUGGACUUUGCCAAGAAGCUGUGCGGCGUGAGCAUCAUCCGCAGCGGGGAGAGCAUGGAGAAUGCGCUGCGGGCCUGCUGCAAGGGGAUCAAGAUUGGGAAGAUCCUGGUGCACAGGGUGGAGGACCGGGUGAUGGAGCAGGAGAUCGUGUAUGAGAAGCUGCCCACAGACAUCGCGGAGCGGUAUGUGCUGGUCAUGGAUCCCAUUCUGGGCACUGGCGGCUCCGCAACGCGCGCCGUCAACGUGCUGCUGGAAAAGGGCGUGGAGGAGGGCAAGAUCCUGUUCCUGAGCCUGAUCGCGGCUCCCGAGGGCAUCCACACGCUCUGCAGACGGUUCCCACGCAUCAAGGUCAUCACCUCUGAGAUCGACGACUACAUCGACACAGACUUCAGGGUGGUGCCGGGAUGCGGCAACUUUGGAGACCGCUACUUCUGUGAGUGAUGGGGUAGGGUGAGGCGCUAGCACUUUCUGACGAGCAUCGCUGUCCCGGCCGCUGGCCCAUUUCAUUAGAACGAGCGUAGAGUGUGGCUUAGCACUGCUUAUCUUGCCUCCUUGGCGGUGCCAUGAGCGUGUCACACUGUCCUGUCCAAUUCUUUCUGCACCCACCACGGUGCUCCUGGGGCCUUGUGCGACGUUUGGUGUGGCCGCACAGGCAGGCUCUUGUCGGGAAAUUGUGCCGAGAUUCAUUGGUUGGCCCCGGUCUGUACUCUGUUUUCGAACGAAUCUUGAACCACUCGUGAACCACCAACGCGG